CCUUCGUCGUCGGCCUCACUCCACGCGCAGGUUUUCCCUAAUUUCCCACGCCUCGACUUCGCUGCCGGCGCCGUCGACCGCUACUUCCGCUCCUGUCCCUCCGCCCGAUUUCUUUCAUGACAGGUAUUGAAGGCUUUGGCAUGAAAAUAUGUUUACAAUCAGAAGUUCUAAUGAGCUGCUGUGACAUCUGAUAGAACCAAAUAUAUGAAGGCUUCGGCAUGAAACUAGGUUAUCAGCUACUACAAUUAUGGUUAUUCCUCCUCCAGUUAGGCCACCAAGGAUCAUCAUGUACCUUAAGCCAUAUGUGCUCAGGAUGCAUUUCUCUAACAAAUAUGUCAGCACCCAGGUCGUCCACACCCCUACAGCUACUGUUGCUGCCUCAGCAAGCUCAAAGGAAAAGUUGUUGAGGCCGGUCAUGGAGUCCACACGAGAUGUUGCAGCAGCUAGCAAGAUUGGGAAGAUUCUUGGCGAGCGUCUGCUACUUAAGGGUAUCCCUGCUGUUUCUGUGUUCUUGAAGAGGGAACAGAAAUACCAUGGAAAGGUCAAGGCUGUCAUAGAUUCCGUCCGAGAUGCUGGUGUGAAGCUGCUUUGAUGUCUAUUCCUGAGUAUAUCCCAGGAGUAUUUCCGCUUUAUGAUGCUACUUUCCAUUGAGGCAUUGCACUGGAACAGUCUGCCAUGAGAUUUGUCAUUCAAUUGCAAUUGCUCUUCUGAAGAUGGGGAUGAAAACGAACUAGAGCGAUUUUAUGAACAUGAGUAGUUCAUUAGCUCACUUGGAAAUGAUUCUCUUUAGAGCUGGACUGCUAAGAACAAUGUGUUCUUUAACUAGUUCCUGAGUUGCAUAUCAAUUAUCCGCAGACAUACGUCCAACUUAUCAGAUGUCACUGUAAAAUAACAAAGUAUUUAAAAGUUAUCCUGUCAUUUGGUUUUUGAUA